AGAUAUACAGCUCUUUUUUUUUCAUCUUCUGUUCUGCGCGGGCGGAUCACGAUUUGGUACUGCAUGGGUGUGCCUAUAUAACUGUUGACUGGACCAUCUCUAAGGCGGACUUUCGUAUAAAACAUAACACUAGUUGAGAGCUAGGACCGGCCAAGACUGUUAUUUAUAAUGAGUGCUAUUUCAUAAUAUUUUGUGAAAACUCGAGGCUAUAGCAUUAUACUUCCCCGCGUGACAAGGUAACCCAAAACCAAUCGAUUGAACUUUUUAAAAAGAUCAUAAACAGCACUCUAGUCAACAGUGUUGGUAAUUCUGAGAACACUUCCCAAGACUUAACCACUACCAGAAAGUAUAGACUGCACUACGACAUUUUACAUUGAAACGCAACAUCAGUUCUGUUGUGUUCUACCCUUUAUGAACUCUGAAAUUGUGUCGCUAGCUCAAAUCAUAUUUAUCGAUAAGGAAACAAGAGGCAAUAUCUAAAGUCUGAUUUAGCUAAAUUCAAGUACAAUCAUAUCUGCCAUGUCCGUGAUAUUUAUCCAUCCCAAGAAUCGCCUCCCCAAGAUGUUCAUUCUUCAAAUAACGCUGUUUUGUGCAACUAAUUUGAUAUUUCCUGCCAAUACAAAUGAAUCGCCAGUGUCUCAAAUAAAAAACAUAGCAGUGACGCUAUCGAACAAAACAGAAAAAUCCCCUCCUGAAGUUCAGAAUUUUCUAGACGAUACAAAUAGCCAAGAUAACGUAGUGUGGCUAGAGGAUGACUCGCAAAGCGACAACCAGCAUUACAUUAGGGGCGAGCCCUGGUCUACUGAUCAAGGCGCCAGUAUAUACAGGGAGUACCCGAGCUGGAGUGAGGAGCUUAUCGAGCCCCCGUCUCGUGACGAGGAGUACUCCAGCUACGAUAAACGUUUCAUGCGAGGUCUUCAGAAGAGGUUCAUGAGAGGUUUUCAAAAAAGGUUCAUGCGAGGACUUCAGAAGAGGUUUAUGCGUGGCUUUAGGUCGUCCUCGACUGACGACAACAGAGUCAGAAUUUUAACACCAAGACUUCCACCUUUUGACUUGUACCGUAACACAGGUGCCUGGUACGUCCCCCAAGAGAAAAGGUUUAUGCGUGGGCUGACAAAGAGAUCGAUUCCUGAUAUCGAAACAGACAAAUCCUCCAGCGACUCCAGCGAACAUCCACUACAUUCAAACGUCGCAUCAACAGAAAAACGCUUUAUGCGAGGUUUCACAAAGAAGAAUGCAGCAGAAAUGCCCAAAGAGGCCUCUUCAAAUCUUCCAGACGGAGUUACCAGCGAGAUAAGCUCGCCGCACGAGGACGACAAAAGAUUUAUGCGAGGGCUGCACAGCUUCGACAAAAGAGAAAACGAGCUUACAGAUGACGAGAUGACAGAUACUGCCGAAAAGAGGUUCAUGAGAGGUUUCACCAAGAAAGAGGACAAAAGGUUUAUGAGGGGUUUGAUUAAAAAAGAGCAUACAGAGAAUGAUAAGAGAUUUAUGAGAGGACUAGUUAAGAAAGACGACACAGAAGGCAGCCAAGAGCAGGAUAAACAAACCAUACAGGAUUUUACCCAAACUGACGAGAAAAGAUUUAUGAGAGGUUUAAUUAAGAAAGACGAGAAAAGAUUUAUGCGCGGUUUCGCAAAGAAAGAUCAUGACACGCUAGCCGAAGAGAAAAGAUUUAUGAGAGGCUUUAACAAAAAGAAUGUCGAUGCUACCGAAGAAGAGAAAAGAUUUAUGCGAGGUUUUAACAAAAAAGAUUUUGAUGCUACCGAAGAAGAGAAAAGAUUUAUGCGAGGGUUAAUAAAGAAAGACAGUGGCAUAAAAGACGACAAAAGAUUUAUGCGUGGAUUAGUAAAAAAAGAUCUUGACAAAAGAUUUAUGCGGGGUCUUAUUAAGAAAGCUGCCCAGCAAGAAGACAAAAGAUUUAUGCGGGGUCUGGUGACGAGAGAAGCAGACAGUCAGCAUAGAGUGAAACGCCAGACAAGAUUCAACGACCAAAUUCGAAACCCACUGCUUGAAAAACUUGAGGAGGAAUAUAGUGAUGAUGACGACGACGAGGAGAUCGGCGAUGAAAGUUGGAUGGAUUACCCAGCCUUACCAGUCAAACGAUUCAUGCGAGGCUUUGACGUUUACACCAAACGCUUUUGGAAAGACCAGCACCAUCUCAUCCCCAUCGACGGCGACGUAGACAUCAACAAGCGCUUCAUGAGAGGUUUUCAGGUCUACGAUGAUGAUGCGCAAAAGCGUUUGACGAGUGGACACACUGCAGGGCCUACCUGGUACAACAACAUGUACGACAACCUAGACGAAUACAACCUGCCCGAAAAGAAAUUCAUCAAAGGUUUAGACGCCUACUUCAAAGCACCUGUGGGCAAAAGGUUUAUGCGAGGCUUAGACUUUGCUGUUCCAGAAAAGCGCUUUCUCAGAGGCCUGGAAUACUACAGUCCUAAAUUCAGAAAUAAUUUGAGGAUCCACAAAAAAUUUCUUAGAGGACUAGACGCAUACAAGAAGAGCAUAUUGGACGAGCCAGAGUAUCGUCUGGACAGCAAAAGUCUUUGGUCAUCGGACUGGGAUAACAGACUUGGUCAAUCAGAGUUGAAAUAAUCUAUGUUAUGUUUCUGUUAAAAGUCUUAUGUUACAGUUUUCAAUGUGUGUAGGUUUCAUAUAUACGAAUUAGAGGAAUUAACUAAACAUUUUUAUGUUAUGCUUUUAAAACUUUAUCUAUAAAAUCCUUUUUUUUUCUGAAUUAUUCUCUUUCAUUGGCAGUGUACGUUUACUUUUCUCUGAACUACUAGAGUGAGCAUUGCCUAUUCUCAAUUUACUUUUAUUGUAUUGUUUUAACAAUGAAUUGUACACAUGUUUUGUAUUUUUUUCUUUUCAUUAAGAGAUGAGCGUGACGAUAUUAUUUACUUCUUCGCUAUUUAGAUCUAUCUACUUUUCUAAAGGUCUAGAGUUCCAACCCUUUCAUAUUGUUUAUACAAUAGCUAAGAACUUUAAUAUGCAUUCUCUUUUAAAUUCAGACAUAAGCUACAGGAAGCGAGAUAACUUUCUGUGCCACGACUUGCUAGCUAGCAUUGUCAAUCAAACAAGGAGCAUAGCAAAUAGAUUCUAAACUUCUUGAAAUGUUUUAGAUGUAAAGUGUUCCCUGAGCAUCAAACACUGUGAUUGACACUCGGUUCUCCUUUGCUGCGACAAUUCCUCUUUAUGAAUGCUGUUUUAUGUUCCCAAACCUCCGACAGCUCGUAAACUAAAUUUCUAUAGUCGGAGAGAAACAAACGUGUGUAUUGUAUCCCUGUAAACAACUUAACAAGUGCUGACCAUUCUAUACUGUAGACUCGCCUGCUUUUUUAAUAGCGACCAAAAUUGGACAAUUUAAUAUUUCAAUUUAUUAUCUCACUAAACAAAGUUGUGUUAUGAUCAUGUUGUCGAGUGAAAAGUGAAAUCAAGAAUAAACUAUUCAAAGUAAAACAAACGUGA